UUUCGAUUCGCACACGAAAUUAAUCGAGAGAGAGUGAGCAAGAGAGAGAGAGAUGGGUGGCGAGAGCAUGAGCAUGUGUUGUGGAGUGUUUAAUAAGGUGAAGCCAUACUUACUAAUGGUGGGUCUACAGUUCGGCUCGGCCGGGAUGUACGUGAUAAGCGCGCAAACCCUGAAGAACGGCAUGAGCCGAUACGUCCUCAUCGUGUAUCGCAACGCCAUUGCUGCUUUGGUCCUCGCUCCCUUUGCUCUCGUCCUUGAAAGGAAGACCAGACCAAAGAUGUCAUUCUCGAUUUUCUUUCAGAUCAUUGUGUUGGGAUUUCUCGAGCCAAUCCUUGAUCAGAACUUCGCGUAUCUGGGGAUAACAUACACGUCAGCAUCGUUCGCAUCGGCCAUUAUGAACGCAGUUCCAUCGGUCACCUUUGUCAUAGCCGUGAUGCUCCGAUUAGAGCGAGUCAAAAUCAAGGAGGUGCGUGGGAUUGCGAAGAUCAUCGGGACGAUCGUGACGUUCCUCGGAGCAUUGGUGAUGACACUGUACAAAGGCCCUUCGUUCCACUUGAUUGGGUCCGCCAAUACGGCCGCAAGCGGAACCGGCACCGACCCAUCCGAGAAACAUUGGGUCUCUGGCACGCUUUUCAUCUUGAUCGGCUGUUGUGCCUGGUCCGCCUUCUUCAACCUCCAAUCGAUAACGGUGAAGAAGUACCCAGCGGAGCUGUCGCUGUCGUCGCUGAUAUGCUUGAUGGGGGCGAUGCAGAGCGCGGCGGUGGCGCUCGUCGCAGAGCGUCACCCUGCCGCGUGGAGAGUCGGGUGGGACUCUCGGCUCCUUGCUCCCGUUUACACCGGCAUAGUUAGCUCCGGGAUCACGUACUACGUGCAAGGUAUAGUGAUGAAGACGAGGGGUCCCGUGUUCGUCACGGCCUUCAAUCCUCUGUGCAUGAUCAUCGUCGCCGUCCUCAGUUCCCUCAUCCUGUCCGAACGGCUUUAUCUCGGAAGCAUCAUCGGAGGAAUUGUCAUCGCGAUCGGUCUCUAUUCCGUGGUAUGGGGCAAAGCCAAGGACUACUCGACCCCGUCGCAAGAAUGCGUCGACCCGAAAGCUGAAACCCAGAAGCUACCGGUUUCAGUGGCAGAUAAGGUUGCUGUUGAAAAUGGUGAUAUCAGGAAAUGAUUCAAGGUUCACUUAGAUGUAUACAGAGUUGCAAUUUGCUCUAAUUUUUUAAUGUUAGGCACUAUGGGAAUUGCCACUGUAUGAUCAAGUUUGCAGCCAAAACAUAAAAUUAGUGGUUGGACCGCCACAUCUUUCUUGAUUUCUUAGAGCUUCAGGCUGUCCUAAAGAUGGCAAGCGUUCAAAUUAUUGAACGAUGUUAUGUUUAGGUCAUAUGGAGUCGCAAAUUUGAUAUGUCUUUGCUUA